AUGUUCAUCUAUUUCCAAAUAUUCGUAAUUAUUACUAUCAUUGGACGACUUACUGCCAAACCAACCGAUGAAGGCUCGACAACGUCAAAAAAUGAAAAUCAGCUAUUAUGCUUAAUUUGUCAAGACAAGCAACAAGAAACUAGUAACGAUGUUGGCGAGGGUAGAAUGGGAAUUUCAACAUUACUUCAAUAUGACCAAGCUAUGGGAAUUGAUAAUCUUAAUGAAAUUGAAAGGGGAAUUUUAUUGAUUAACUCAACAGCAUGGUUGUACAAUCCAAGCGAUCCAAAAGAAUGGAAAGAUGAAGUAGCAAAGUUUAAAGAUGUUUAUGAAACGCUUACAUCGGACGAAGUAAACAAACAAUUGGAAGCAUUGAAAGUAAAAGGGAAUGCUUUUACAACAGAAAGAGAUGCGAACAAACAAAAUGCUUUGAAGAAAUGGCACAAUUUGCCAAUCGCUCGACUUCGAAUUGGCAAAAUUGAAGAAAACAUUUUGAAUGGUGACAGUGGUGAAAAUAUCAACGCACUUCAACGCAUUGACAAAAUCCGAAAUUUAAUCAGUGAGGUUUCAUUGGUUCUUCAAGAAGUUUACAAUUACUACAAACGAAUGGACGAUGAAUUAUCUGAAAGUUACAAUAUUUUGUCGGAUAUUGAAGUUAAACUUAAUAUAAAACGUGAAAAAGAAGGAAAAGUUCGACGUUCCAAUUGCAUUUGGAUUUUCUGUUAUUAA